GGCAGCAAUAGGUGUCUAUAUAGGAAAAAUAAUUUUAUAUAAUGUCUUGGUACACAAGCUUGUUUUUUCUUCUGCAUCAUUGUUAGUUACUUAGGUAUUAGGCUAAUUAGUUCCACGUUGUAAUAUUCUAAUAAAAAAAAUAGCUAUAAAACAAAGAAAGAAAAAGAAAGAAGGCAGUACAACUAAAAAAUCAGUCACUGAACAAAAAAGAAAAGACAUGUUUUUGCUUCUGAAGCCUCUCCUUUCUCUACACGAUUUAUCUCUUAACCUCCUCUCGGUAAUGUUCCAUGGAGAAACUCUUAAAGCAUCCGUGGAUGGUGUGGGGAUAAACAUGAGCACUAUGUGGAGAGAAACAAGGAAUGUAUUCAUAGUUCCAUUGUUCAAGUGUAUAGUGGUUAUGUGUUUGAUCAUCUCGCUCUUAGUUUUCGUUGAGAGUGUUUACAUGAACCUUGUAGUACUCUAUGUCAAGUUGUUUAACCGAAAACCAGAGAAAGUCUACAAAUGGGAGGCAAUGCAGGAGGAUAUGGAGCUUGGUCAUCAAAAUUAUCCGAUGGUCCUUGUUCAAAUCCCAAUGUACAACGAACGAGAGGUCUUUGAAUUAUCUAUAGGUGCUGCGUGCAGACUAACAUGGCCAUCGGACCGUCUAAUUGUUCAAGUUUUAGAUGAUUCCACCGAUCCAGCAAUCAUGGAACUGGUGAGCAUGGAAUGUACAAAAUGGGCAUCAAAAGACAUAAAUAUAAAUUAUGAGAGGCGAGAGAACAGAAAUGGCUACAAGGCUGGAGCUCUUAAGCACGGCAUGAGGCACAGUUACGUCAAGCAGUGCCAAUAUCUUGCCAUCUUUGAUGCUGAUUUCCAGCCCGAGCCCGAUUACCUCCAACGCGCUAUCCCCUUUCUUAUCCACAACCCUGAGGUCGCUCUUGUCCAAGCUCGAUGGAGAUUUGUAAACGCUAACACAUGCUUAAUGACGAGGAUGCAAGAGAUGUCUCUGAACUACCAUUUCAUGGCAGAGCAACAAUCUGGAUCCACAAGACAUGCUUUCUUUGGCUUUAAUGGAACUGCGGGAGUAUGGAGAAUGGUGGCGAUGGAAGAAGCUGGAGGAUGGAAGGACCGGACGACGGUAGAGGACAUGGACUUGGCCGUUCGUGUUGGUCUUCUCGGUUGGAAAUUUAUCUUCGUCAAUGACCUCGAGGUUAAAAGCGAGCUACCAAGCCAAUUUAAGGCCUUUCGAUUCCAACAGCAUCGGUGGUCUUGUGGUCCAGCCAAUCUUAUUAGGAAAAUGACGAUGGAAAUUAUUCACAAUAAGGUCUUUUUACCAUUUACUAUAUUUCAUUUUCAGACACACAUUUCCCACGUGCCAACUACAUUUUUGUUUGGCUCAUCCUUAGCGACAAUUUUAAGAGGGGCAAGUUUCUAACCAUUGGCAACCAAACAAAAUACAUAACGACAUUUGUUUUUGGCUCAUUUAUCAAUAACUACCUUGAAAAAAAUCUUAUAAAUCACUUAUAAUUAACUCAUAUUAAUCCAGAAUUCAGGUUGGUUGAACCAAGUGACAUUGAAAUUUUAUUUUAUAUCUAAACGCACAUAAGAUGCGUAUGAUAUAUAUAUAGUAACCAUAAACUAAUUAAAAACUUAUGAUAAGCAGAGAGUGAAGAUUUGGAAGAAGUUUUACGUGAUCUACAGCUUCUUUUUCCUACGGAAGAUCGUAGUCCACUUCUUCACUUAUUUCUUUUACUGUGUCAUUCUUCCUACAAGUGUCUUCCUUCCCGAAGUAAAUAUACCGAACUGGUCAACUAUAUAUGUUCCUUCUGUCAUCACCCUCUUGAGUGCCAUUGCCACUCCAAGAUCAUUCUACCUCGUGAUUUUUUGGGUCUUAUUCGAAAAUGUAAUGGCUAUGCACCGGACCAAGGGAACUUUGAUUGGCUUAUUUGAAGGAGGAAGAGUCAAUGAAUGGGUUGUCACAGAGAAAUUAGGAGAUACUCUUAACACUAAGCUACUUCCCCAGAAUGGACGACUUCCGAAAAGAGUAAAUUUGAAGGAGAUGAUGAUGGGUAUAUACAUAUUAUGUUGUGCUUGCUACGACUUUGCAUUUGGAAAUGCAUUUUUAUAUUUGUAUCUCUUCAUGCAAGCCACUGCUUUUCUCAUCUCCGGAGUUGGCUUUGUUGGAACUUAACACGACGACUUAUAUGAAAAUCUUCUAUUUGUAAUCAAGUAUAUGUGCAAUAAACAUACCCAUGUGAAUCCAUUUGUUUAGCAUGAUGUAAUUUGAUAUGUAUAAGUGCUUUGUCCGAAUACAUUAUUUGUUAGUCCAGAUAUUAUUGUUAUGGGUAGGUUGUUUGACAACAUAUAUUUAGUUGUCUGACUCAUUAUAUGUUG